CCAAGACUGACAUCAAGCUCUGUCAGACACGCAUUUCUCAAUCACGAUGGAAACAAAUUCCUUCACCUACAUGCAGACGCGCUUCACGCCCGAAGCCAAAAACUCCAUCAGUCUUCUUGGUGACGUUGAUGCCAUAGACACAAGUACUCGAGAGCUUCAACAGAUCCAAGAGACCGAUAGUGGCGCCGGAAACGCAUCGCGACAGUCAUUGAACCCCCGUAUCCAAUUUUUACGUCUUUCAGCCAUUGUACGAGGCAGACAGGGCGUUCCUGGUUCAACACCUCCAUAUCAGCCGGUGCCACCUUCUCUGCAUCGGAUAGGCCCUGAAGAAGAGGAAGAGAGUGUUGGUCAGUCGUCCAAACGGCAGUCCGGUUCGCCUCUACGCAAUCUCGCCUACUCCGUACCGCAUCUGGGGUAUGAGUCACGACCCUCUUAUCAUAGCGCACGCCAACCUCGUCUUAAAAACUACCACAGAACUCGAUCCCUGAGACCAUCCAGGAUGCCUCAAACCGGAUUUCAAGCCCUGAUCCUGUGCGGUCCAGGUAUAGGGUUGAGCACAUUCACCAGCAUUCCCAACGAAUUUCCCAAGGCUCUUGUCGAAGUAGGCAACCGGCCCAUGAUUUGGUAUGUCCUAGACUGGUGCUACCGCAUGGGCGUUAUAGAUAUUACCCUAGUUACUCCACCAACUUCAAAAGAACCCAUUGCGGCAGCGCUCGCACAGAAUCCUUACCUCACAUCUUUACCUUCACCAAGUCCCGACCUCCUCGCACCAAAGGAUCUGGAAUUCACAACACCUACUGCCGAACUGAUCCGACUUCCAGAGGUCCAAGAUGUACUCAAAUCCGACUUCAUACUCUUGCCAUGCGACCUUAUCUGUGCCAUACCUGGAGAGACUUUCCUCGAGACGUAUCUCACCCGUCUGGGUGGACCCGGCGGUAUCGGUUACAGCGAAGAUGCUGAAACCUCACGUAAUGAAUUGCUGGCUCUCGGUGGCGAGUCUCGUGGACGUCGUGGCGGCUUGAGCAUAUGGUACAACACUCUCGAUCGCGAAGAAUCCGUCAAACACGAAGAAUGCGACUUCAUGUGCACGACGAAACUCGACCCGGAACAGGACAUUCCUUCAUCCCUAAGCAAAUCCUCUCACGACCAGGGCAUACUCCGCAAACUCGUCUGGGCCAUGCCAAUGUCAGAGCUCUGGGACCAAUGCGAAGAGGACAAGGCUUGGAAGAUCCGGCAGUCUCUCCUGCGCAAACACGGUGCUAUCAAAUGUCUCACCAAAUAUCGCGACUCGCACAUUUAUUUCUUUCCUUUCUGGGUGAAAGUUUUCGCAAAUCUCAAUGAGGACUUUGAAUCAGUCAGCGAAGAUCUUGUCGGGACGUGGGCAAAAGCGGAGUGGCGGAAGCCAUCCUAUCGAGCACGUUUUGGCGCCAGGAAGAUCUUCUCACCAGCUUCGAAUGGCAACAGAGUAGAGCUACCUAGCCACGAACUGCCCAUUGAAGAAGAAAUCGAUCUCCUCAGCUUGAGUAGUACGCAAAUCACCACGCCAGGGCAGAUGAAUUUGACGCCACAGGCACGCACAGCGAGACUUGCUACGAGAGUCCACGCCGACCCAGAGGAUAGUGUUCUCUCGCCUGACGGUGGAUCUCAAGACGACGAGGAAGACGGUCCAGUUCCGCUCGUCCCGCCAAUCCUGUCAUACAUCCUUCCAUCUACACCUGAUGCUCCGCUGGUUCGACGGGUCGAUAACACGCCUCUACUACUUUCUGUUUCACUUUCUCUUGCAAAGGUCCCGUCAGUAGAAGAGUCAGUAGCGGCGAAGAUACCUGUAUCACCGUUCGCCCACCAGGCCAAAGUUCACGCUACGACAACAAUUGCGCCAAGAGUCACGAUUUCUAGGUCAGACACUCUUAUCGACAGUAACAGUACGAUUGCGACGCAGUGUGUGAUCAAGUCUAGUGUGAUCGGUGCAAGUGUGGCCAUUGGGACUGGAACUAGAAUCACGGGGUGUGUGAUAAUGGAUGGUGUCACGAUAGGGGACAAGUGCGUCCUCACAAACACCGUGGUGGGAAAGAAGGCCAAGAUUGGGAACAAGAGCACACUCGUGGGUUGUGAGGUACAAGAUGGCAAUGUUGUUGUCGAUGGAACAGAAGGAAAGAACGAGAAGUACCUUGUUGGUGGGCUGGAGGAUGAAAUGGAAGAUGGUGACAUGGGAUCUGAUGACGAGGGUGAAGAUGCUGAAGACGGUGAAGGAUUGACGCUCGAAGGCUGAUGAGCAUUAAUUAGAUGUUACGAAUGGAAACGGCGCCUUGUGAAAUGGUCAAGAUGAAAUGGUUAAGAACAAGAACCACCGAAAGAAUCAGGCAUCAUUGUUCAUUCACUUGUAUUUUAUAGAGCAGACUCUACGUGAGUAGUUAUCUACUACUUAAAAGCUGGCAUUGAUGAGGAUACGACAAAACAAAACAUUUGAUCUG